CUGUAUAAAGACGGCGGCUGGCCGGCCGAGCCUCAGUCUCUUGGAGCUGCCCAGCAGCCGGGGUCAGAAGCCGGAGGACGGACAGCCCAGCCCAGCCCCAGCCGCCUGCGCCUCCCAGGUCAUUUAGUUGAGUCUUCACCAGUCAUGGAUUCCUUCUCCUUUGAUUACUCAGAACCAGUGAAUUUCACAGACAUCAAUUGGACAUGCACCAGCGGAGAUUGCAUCACCGUGGACACCGUCAUGUGCCCUAGCGCGACGGGCCGAAACGUCCUGUUGUAUACCCUCUCCAUCUUUUAUAUUUUCAUCUUUGUAGUUGGGAUGAUAGCCAACUCUGUGGUGGUCUGGGUGAAUCUCCAGGCCAAGACGACGGGUUACGAGACUCACCUGUACAUCUUAAAUCUGGCCAUCGCCGAUCUGUGUGUGGUUGUCACCAUUCCCAUCUGGGUGGUCUCUCUGGUCCAGCACAACCAGUGGCCCAUGGGGGAGCUCACCUGCAAGAUCGCUCACCUCAUUUUCUCCAUCAACCUUUUUGGCAGUAUCUUCUUCCUGACCUGCAUGAGUGUGGACCGCUAUCUCUCCGUGACCUAUUUCACCAACACCAGCUGCCAAAAGAAGAAGGUCGUCCGCCGGCUCAUCUGUAUUUUCGUGUGGCUCCUGGCCAUCUGUGUCUCCCUGCCGGACGCCUACUACCUGAAGACCGUCACCUCGGCCGCCAACAACGAGACCUACUGCCGCUCCAUCUACCCGGAGCACAGCAUCAAGGAGUGGCUGCUGGGCAUGGAGCUGCUCUCCGUGGUCCUGGGCUUCAUCAUCCCUUUCUCCAUCAUCGCGGUCUUCUAUUUCCUACUGGCCAGAGCCAUCUCAGCCUCGGGGGACCAGGAGAAACACAGCAACCAGAAGAUCAUCUUCUCCUACGUCAUCGUCUUCCUCAUCUGCUGGUUACCCUAUCACGCCGUGGUGCUUCUAGACAUCUUCUCCUUCCUCCACUUUAUUCCCUUCAACUGUCAGCUGGAAAACUUCCUCUACACAGCCCUCCACGUCACUCAGUGUCUGUCCCUGGUGCACUGCUGUGUCAACCCGGUACUCUACAGCUUCAUUAACCGAAACUACCGGUACGAGCUGAUGAAAGCUUUCAUCUUCAAGUACUCGGCCAAAACCGGUCUCACCAAACUCAUAGAUGCCUCCAGAGUAUCAGAAGCAGAGUACUCUGCCUUGGAGCAGAAUGCCAAAUGACCAGGGGGUCCCAUCCCUGAAAACAUCUUGUCGAACUUCUUUGCUUGACUUUCACAGGGCACAAAAGAAAGGGAAACAAGCUUCUAGUUGGAUGGAUCCAUUCCUACAAAGUCAUCUGCUUGUUUCUUCUCAGAACCUAUGUAUGCGUCCAGCGUCCAACCUGGAAAAGGAAAGUUUUGCGUUCAGCAAAGCCUCCAUGCGCUGUUGGAGACAUCACACUGAGAACAAAGAUGCCGUGAGAGAGAGCUCCAGAGUUCAGUGUAUAUUUUAUAUGAUGUAUUGUAUUUAAGACUGAAGACUUUUUUUUAUUUUCUGGUUAUCAGUGUACCUUAAUACAUUGUAUUUGAAAGUUAAAUAUAUUUUUAUCGUCUAUUUGAAGUAUAAAGUUGACCUGUGUAUCCAGAGUGCUGUAGUUUAAAUGUUAGCAUGGCAUCACUUUUGACUGUUUUGACUAAAGAUGACUUUCAUUGUUAGCUGGAUGGAAAAUAUAUGUAUAUAAAUAUCUAUCUAUCUAUCUAUAUAUGUUGGUCUUGAUGGAAAUGUUUUAUUUACAAUAGCUUUAUAUGUGUAUGGUAUAUACACCAGCAUGGGGCACGGGACCCGAGCUGUUUGCUUUAAAAUACAGCCUGGGGUAUGAACAGUAUUGUAAAGUUAGGGUCACCGCAAGACCUUGGGUCAAGUUGGUUAAUAGAUCCACGGAAGGAACAGAGAGGGCUCGUUGCAGAAAGUUCUAUUUGUAACUUAUUUUUUAAAAUAAAAGUCUUUGUUCCAAAGGCA